AUGAAGUCUACAAACGGAAGAAUUUCAUUUCUUCAUUACACAAAUUUUGCUUUAGGGAAAGUCCCCGGACAACUCUUUUUUAGAGUUCAAGCGGAAACGCUCCAAAAUAGAAACUUGGAAGUCUCUCCAUAUUUUUUCUGUGGACUUAAGUUUAUAUACUAUUUAGUCCUUUUAUCCUUAAUGGAAAGACAAAGAUAUGAGUCUUGGACUUAUAGAUUAUGA